AUGAUAAGGGAGUUUGAUAUGUCAUACUUGGGAUGUAUGAGCUACUUCUUAGGAAUUGAAGUCCUGCAAAAGAAGGAAGGAAUUUUCAUAUGUCAGAGACGUUAUGCAGAAGAGGUUUUAAGAAUAUUUGGAAUGCUAGAGAGAAAUUAUGUCAACAAUCCUACUGUACCAGGCAUGCAAAUUAAUAGUGAUGCAGAGGGUGAGCCAGUAGAUGAAACUUACUACAAGCAGAUUGUAGGAAGUCACAUGUACCUUACAUCCACCAAGCCUGAUUUGAUGUAUGCAACUAGUUUGUUGAGCAGAUAUAUGGCAAAGCCUACAGAACUUCAUUUACAAGUUGCCAAAAGAGUUCUAAGAUAUUUGAAAGGAACUAUGAAUCUAGGAAUAUUUUACAAAAUGAGCAGUCAAGGUAAGGAGUUGAAGGCCUACACGGACAGUGAUUAUGCUGGUGAUGCAGAAGACAGAAACAGUACAAGUGGGUACACUUUUCUACUCAGUUCAGGAGCUGCUGCGUGGAGCUCAAAGAAACAGCCUAUAGUCAUGCUUUCUACUACAAAAGCAGAAUUUGUAGCAACAAUUGUUUGUGCUUGUCAAGUUGUUUGGAUGAAGAGGAUACUUAUGGUUCUCGGUCAUGAAGAAAGGGAUUGCAUAAGAAUAAAUUGUGAUAAUAGUUCCAGCAUCAAGCUGUCCAAAAACCCAGUUAUGCAUGGACGCAGCAAACACAUUGAUGUUCGGUUUCACUUCUUAAGAAACUUGUCCAAAUAA